AAAGAAUCCACGAGGAAAAAUGGUUGACUGGAAUCAUCAAUUCGGUCAACAAUUUAUUCAGUCGUAUAAAGGUGUGAGAAAGGAGACAGAGAUCUCUCCACCGCCAAAAUAGGGCAAGAAGCCAACAACACUGUAACGAGCAAUUUGGGAAACACACUCUUAAAAGAGUUUCAACAACUAAAGUACUGUUUCGACGAACGAAAUCGAAGUUUGAUCAAUAAAACUGAACCGAGAUUUUAGCUCAGUUUAGCUCUUGGAAAUUCACGCCGGAGCUUCGCCGGGAAAAUAAAUAUGGAGGAAGACGGAAACAGCAGCAGCAGCAGCAGCGCCGCUGUGGUUGACACUACCAAGUCCGACAAAUCCGUGUGGCUCAUGAAGUGUCCCCUUGUCGUUGCCAAAUCUUGGCAAGCUCAAGCUCAAGCUGCAGCCGCCGCCGCCUCCUCUUCUGCUUCCUCCUCCGCCGCCGAUUCACUUCCUGUCUCGAAAGUCGUCGUCUCCCUUGAUCCUCUCCGCCCUGACGACUCACUCCAGUUCACCAUGGAGAUGGCUGGAAAUGACACUGCAAAUAUGCCGAAAAGUUACUCAUUGAAUAUGUUCAAAGAAUUUGUUCCCAUGUGUAUUUUCUCAGAGACACCUCAAGGAAAAGUUGCUGCAGAAGGGAAAGUUGAGCAUAAAUUUGAUAUGAAGCCUCAUAACAAAAAUAUGGAAGAGUACAGAAAAAUGUGUCGUGAAAGGACUAAUAAAUCAAUGAUCAAGAAUAGGCAAAUCCAAGUAAUUGACAAUGAUCGUGGUGUGCACAUGAGGCCUAUGCCUGGGAUGGUGGGGCUAAUUGCAUCCAAUUCUAAGGAUAAGAAAAAAGCAGCUCCAGUUAAACAAACAGAUGUCAAAAGAACCAGACGCGACCGCGGUGAACUGGAAGAUAUCAUGUUUAAACUUUUUGAAAGGCAACCUAAUUGGGCCUUGAAGCAGCUUGUGCAAGAAACGGAUCAACCUGCGCAAUUUCUGAAGGAGAUUCUCAAUGAGUUAUGUGUUUACAAUAAAAGGGGCACAAACCAAGGAACAUAUGAGCUGAAGCCCGAGUACAAAAAAUCUGCUGAGGAUACAGGUGCUGAGUAAAUGUCUCUUUCUGACUGUAAUUAGUUUUGAAGUUGACAAUAAAUCACCUAACUUGAACAAAAAGACACUCGAUGUAGUUUUCUAUUUCAUAUAGCUGAAACGAGCCCCUGUUCCACUGGUCUUGACCAUCUUGUUGAAGAACAACACUCCAUUUGAAGAUGAGUGCAGUUAUACAGAUGAAACUUUUUAUUAUUAUUUUUUAUUAUUAUAAAUAUAUAAAAGAGGGUCAAUGUAGCACUAUAUCUAUAUUCUCAGUUCAUGUAGGAUAGUACGGCUAUGAGUUGCUGACUUCUUCUUUUCUUUUUCCUCAUAAACUUCUUUCUGGUAUGUAAACAUGCUGAAUCUGUACAAUUGUUUUCAUUUGUUGCUGAUACUUCCAACCAUCAAAAUAACAUACGGGCAGAAGUUAUUUCGCUGAAGUUCAUAUAAUAAAUGAUAAUCAACAUAGAUGGGUGGGCAUGUCAGACGAACUGGGGAUCACUCAAAAGAAAAAUCCCAUCCAAUCUCCCAAC